AACUAGGUUUCUCUAACCGCGUCUCGCUUUUGUGCAUACCCAUCGAUUUCUUAGAUCAUUCGCUUUUAGUACGCGACACGUUCUCCACUCAUCAGACGCCGGAUUUCUCCAUUUGUUUUCUCCUGUCCGCCAAAAAACAAAGAAAGUACAACACAGUGAUGCAGACGGCUUAGACGGUACCGUGAUAUGGCUAACAAUACAAAUUUCAAAAAUCUGCAAUGGACUGCGAGCUGCGGAUUGGGCGACGACGUCAGCCAAGUGGGAAACUUCUACAACGGUGCCACGGUGUUCGUGACCGGCGGCACGGGGUUCGUGGGCAAAGCCCUGAUUGAAAAACUCCUUCGGUCGUGUCCGGGGAUAAACACAAUUUACAUUUUGAUCCGGCCGAAACGGGGCAAGGACAUCCAGUGCCGAUUCGAAGAGCUGCUGAAAAAUCCAGUUUUUGACCGCAUACGGUUUUCUACCGACUCGACAAGAUUGUUCGACAAAGUGGUGUGCAUCAAUGGAGAUGUUUCCGACCACGAGUUGGGUCUAAGCGCCGAAGACAAGCAAACACUGUGCUCCGAAGUCAACGUGGUCUUUCAUUCGGCAGCUACGGUCAAGUUUAACGAGUCCUUGCGUACCGCCGUCACACUCAACACGCUAGGUACACGACGAGUCAUCGACCUGUGUCGGUCAAUGGACAAUUUAAAGGCAAUGGUUCACGUUUCCACGGCCUACUCGAACGCCGACAAGAUGACCAUCCAGGAGACAGUGUACAAGCCACCCGGUGAUCCUGACUAUGUGAUCAACUGCUGUCUGAAAAUGUCCGAGGAAGAUCUCCAGAAAGUAGGUCGGAAGCUACAGGGCAAACACCCAAACACUUACACCAUGACGAAGGCAAUGGCCGAAUGGGUGGUCUCCGAACAAGCCGACGACAUACCGGUGGCCAUCGUCAGACCGAGCAUAGUGACGGCAGCGUGGAAGGAACCGUUCGAGGGAUGGGUGGACAACAUUAGCGGCAUCACUGGCAUCAUGAUGGAGAUAGGACGGGGCACCAUAAGGAGCAUAGUUUGCGACCAAAAACUACGAGUAGACAUCAUACCCGUGGACAUUCUAGUCAACACGUUGAUCACUUCGGCCUGGCACACGGCCGUCCACAGGCAAAACGCCGUCAGGGUGUACAACUGUACGUCCGGUGCUCUGAACCCUCUGCGCUGGGAAGAACUGGGCGGUCUGACGCAAUACCAUUCGCUCGCGGCUCCGUCCAAAUACCUGCAGUGGUAUCCGGGUUUCUCGUUCCGCACCAACCGCAUGGUCCACAGACUGUGCGAGAUACUGUUCCACUUUGUGCCGGCGUUUGUUUUGGACAUUGUGCUGCGGCUGACUGGAUCCAAACCGAUGAUGUUGAACGUUUACCGACGGUUCAAGAUGGCGGCUCGGACGGGCGAAUUCUUCGCUCUCCACCAGUGGCACUUCAUCAGCGACAACAUUAAGCAGCUCAACAAGGAUGUCACGUCCGCGGACCGACGCGCCUUCCCCGUGGAUGUCACCCGAGUGGUGUGGGACAGCUACGUCAAGGACUACGUGUUCGGCAUACGCAACUUCGUGCUGAAAGACCCGCCGUCGACCAUACCAGCGGGACUGAGGAAACUGCAAAAGUUUUACUGGCUGCACAGGUUGGCACAAUGCGCGUGCCUGGGAGUACUUAUGCACGUUAUCAAGUUGAAGUGAAUCCUUUUCUAAAACAACACACUUCCAAAUCGUAUUAUUACUUGUCUAUUAGAUAAUUACAAAUAUUAUUUAUAAAUAUAUUAUUUUAAUAAUUUACCAUAA